AUGACGCAGCCAAAUCGCGUCCGCGCGCCAAAAAAGUUAUUCGCGAUUGAGGGGGAAAAAGAUUUAGAUUUGAGUGUGGAAUCACAAACACAAUCGCAAACAAACUUACAAUUACCAACCCCGCCAUCCUCCUCUACACCCACGCCCUCAAGCUCACCAUCAUCCUCCACUCAAACCCUCACCCCAACUCCAACCCGCAAACAAAAGCGCCGCGCCCUCCUCGCCGAAUCCCUCACUCUUUCCCUCUACACCUCCAACUUCCCAAAUCCCACCCCAGAAAGCGAUGUCCCCAACCCCAUCUCACCAAACCAUCUAACACCCACACCCACACCCACACCCACCAUGACCAUCCCCACCCGCCUCCUCAUCUGCUCCAUCGGCAACCCAGCCCCCUACACCAACACUCUGCAUUCCGCAGGCCACACGAUCCUGAGCCUCCUCGCCCCCUCUCUCCAAAAUCCCACAUUCCAAAAAUCCCGCUCCUACGGAAACGGUCUGCUAUCCCCCGGACCCAUCUACACACUCUGGAAAUCCAGUUCCCUGAUGAACAUAUCCGGCGUCGGCGUUUCAAGCGCCUGGACGAGUUUCCAGCGGGAAUCCUCUUCCGCAGAAUGUAAACUCGUUGUGAUACACGAUGAGUUGGAGUUACCGGCCGGAAGAAUAAAUGUCAAGUCCGGGAGUAAUAGUCCAAAGGGGCAUAAUGGGUUGAAGAGUAUUCGGGAUACGUUGCGGGGACAGCCGUAUACGCGGAUUGGGAUUGGGAUUGGGAGGCCGGAGAGUAGGGAUGCGGGAGUGGUGGCGAAUUAUGUGUUGAGGAAGAUGAGUGCGGAGGAGAAGAGGAAAAUUGAGGGGUGUGUGGGAAAGGUGCUUGAGGAGUUGGCGAAGUUGAGUGGAGAGUAG